AUGGCGAGCUUCAUUGAACGGUAGCUAUUCCAGAAUUCAAGUUCAGUUAGCCUGCUAGCUAAUUCAAUAGUAUGCAUGUUUUCUGUUGUGUCAGUCUUUGUGGAUAUUAUCUAUAAAUGCCACAUUUGGUCAGUUGUCUUUUGUAACGGAUAGCUUGCUAGCUAGAGGAAAACGACCUACCUAACUAACGUUAAUCAGUUCAGCAGCAACAUGACUAGCUAGCUGGAAUAUGAUAAUUGCAUGUAGUUACAUCACUGUUCAUUUCCAUUCUUCCCUAGGAUGUGCCUGCAUAUUGUGCUCGUGCUGUCUGUUUUCCUGAGCAUCACUCAAGCUGUGGAUCGCAGUAACUUCAAAACAUGUGACCAGAGUGCCUUCUGCAGGUGAUGCCUCCCUUCAUCAAUUCACUUGUAGAAAAAUGUGUAACAACAACGUUACCUAGAUGGACAUUUUGAGACCAAAACGAUAUACUGUGUAAUGUCAUUUGUGUGUCAGUUCAUAAAAGUAUAUAAUCUGUAACGUAUUUUUGUGUGUGUGUUUGUGUGUGACUGAAUGCAGUCGUCAAAGGGCGAUGAAGCCAGGCCAGUCAUCAUACAGAGCCUUACUGGAGACCCUGGAACUCAGUGACUCCCAUCUCACACUGCAGCUCCAGAAUAACAAUAAUAAGGUCAGAAUGAACAAGACCUGUUACACACGUAAAUAUUGAAUGACCGGUUGGGUGAAAUAGCUUUGCUUUGAUAAUGGAUUACUUGGAUGGUACACAAUGGAAAUCCACCAUACACUUUUUGUUCUUCCACAUUGUGCAAACCGUGUGUUGACGUAUGAUCAUUUCAUUGCCUGUGUUCAGGUGCGCUUGCUGCUAGAGCUGUAUCGCCUUCAGGGGAACAUGACCAGAGUGAAGAUCAACGAGCUGAAGCCCGUCAAGCCUCGAUAUGAGGUGCCUGAUGUUCUCAUCACUGACCCUCCCACUGAACCGUGAGUUUGUCCAUUUUUAUUUUAUACAUGUCAAUAUCAGCCCACUAUUGAUGUCUCACAUUCUAGGGUGGUUUUGUAACGAAUGUAAAGUAUAGAGAAGGUCCAUAGUGGGUGUGUUGGCAUGGGUGUGAUGGCUGCUUCUCUCCUCUGCAGUAUGUCAGUGGUGGUCCAGGAUGAGCAUGGGGUGGUGCUGUCUCUGGGUGGGGAGGACCGGAGGCUCAUCCUCAGUGCCCAGCCCUUCCGCCUGGACAUCAUGGAGGGCCCACAGGUGCUGCUGUCCCUCAACUCCCGGGGCCUGCUAGCCUUCGAGCAGCUCCGCAUACGCAAGGACACGUGAGUCGCUCAUGCAGUCUUGCAUGCACAGGACGAAACCUUGCAUUUAUAUCACAUGGAGCAAUGCAAUUGAAUGCGUAUACUAGACCUGUGAUGGACUUUUGACGGAAUAUUGCCUCAAAUAAAAUGUGUGCACAUGUUGUGUAAUUUCAUGGAAGGCUUUUAUUGAAGGCUUCCACUUGUACUCUCCUGCUGAAUUUGAUAAUUGUCUCAAAGGUUUUCUAAAAUGCACUUAGGUGUACUGUACUGAUCUGUUUUCCUGUCCUAUUCUGUUUCUUUCCUUUCCCUCUCCUCUCUACUGUUUCUCACCAUAUCCUCCAGUAUUUCCCACAAAAUAAGUAGCACAGUCGGUAGCAUAUGGGAUAAGAUCAAGAGCGUUUUCUCUAGGUAACUGGUCUUAGCUUGCCUCUUGAUGUUAUGUUUGUGUGACACCUGAGUUGAACAACUGAAAUAGCUUAAGGCUGUAUUGUCUUAUAGUAGAAAUGCCACAGGUCAGAAAUUAAGUAAACAGAUUUUUACUUUUGAUCUGAACUUUACCAGAGCAUCAACAAAUAUCUGUAAACAUGUUGCUGUGUGCAGUUUCUCCAUAAGUCUGUACAGCCUCUACUGCUCAGUGUAGUGUACAUAUAUCUACCAAGCUCCCCAGAGGGUCUAAACUAAACAAAGAUUAUUGCAUGUCAUAUUUUAUUGUUCAGUGAAUUGAUUUGAUUGGUUUGCCGUUGAUCAUUAUUAUUAACAAACAAAAAAAUCUUCUGAAUCAAUGUCCUGCAAAGUUUAGAAAUGUGGGCGUAUCUGUACCCAUUACCAAGGAAUUUUCUAUGGGCUGAAUCAUAACUUAAAAUCAUCUGCAAAUGUUUGUGCAAACCCCACAUUAACCCCACAUUAACAUCAAUGCAAACAUAAGUUAAAAUGAACCCCUAUGUCAACAAGAUGUCAGUACAUAAUGCAUGUUUAACUCAAUGACAAUUAUCCAAUUGGAAGAGUUUGUCCUUAAUCUAUCACUAACAACAUGUCAAUCCAGGUGAUGAGAUCCAGUUUGUAUUGCUUUACUUGUCCUUCACAUUUCUCCAUGUGGUUUCUAAAGCAAUCAACCACUCCUUUGACAUUAUGUAUUAUUGUGUGAUGCAGCAAAAGCCAAACAGAUACAGAGGAAGCUGGGGAGAAAGAGGACACAGAGAAGCAUGACGAGGAAAAGGUGUGUUGUUCUAUUCUAAAGUCCUUAUUGUUCUGAUACAAACACUGCAUGGAUUUAUUGGCGCAUUUAUAGACCCCAUUCUGUCCAUUUUGUGUUCAAAGUGUGUAGAGAUAACAGGUCGUUAGUAGUAGCCUCAUAGGGUGAGAGACGAGCUCCAACUUCUGGUAUCAGUUUGAUGUGAACUUUGAACUAGGGUGUGUAUGAGUACCACCUUUCUGAGACACUUGAGCUACACCUUUGGACUCCUUUUCUCUUUUCCGGUUCUCCACAAAACCCCUCUCACUUCCCAGGCGUCAGAAGGAGAGGAGGAGGUGGAAGAAGAGGUGGAUCAGCCAGGAAUGUGGGAGGAGACGUUCAAGUCCCAUGCCGACACCAAGCCUAAUGGUACAUCAUUGUACUGUACACUACAAUUCCAUACAGUAAAAUAAACUGUUACUCAAGUCAAUUUAUUUGUUUUCACCUGUUUACUUACAUUGACAUCAUGUGAAUCAAAAAAAUAAAACACUGCUCUGGUGUAACCUGCCUCCUGUCCCCCAGGUCCCUCCUCCAUCAGUCUGGACUUCUCCCUGCCUGGAGUAGAACAUGUCUAUGGCAUCCCUGAACACGCAGACAGCCUCAGACUGAAAAACACAGAGUGAGACUAUAAACUGUCUUUGCCCCAAUGUCAUUUGCACUCAGCUCAUCAACGUGUAGUUUUGAAAUUCUGUGUUGGUCAUCCAGUGCUAACCCAGUGAUUCCUGUUCCUCUCCCCAGUGGAGGAGACCCCUACAGGCUUUAUAACCUGGAUGUGUUCCAGUAUGAGCUCUUUAACCCCAUGGCUCUGUACGGAGCAGUGCCUGUCCUCCUCUCACACAACACCCACAGGACUAUGGGUCUCUUCUGGCUCAACGCAGCAGAGACAUGGGUGGACAUCAGCUCUGGACAGGUGGGUGUGUGUGAAUGGAUCUCACACACUGUCUUUCCUUUCAUUCUUUCCUUGGAUUCACUUGGUUUGAUAUCUAAAUCCUGUUUGUACAUGUUGGAUUGCGUUCAGGGCUCCGGUGAGGUCCUUCAGACAGACGUCCGAUGGAUCUCUGAGAGUGGCAUCAUUGACGUCUUCAUCAUGCUGGGACCACAACCUAAUGAUGUGUUCACACAGUACGCUUCAUUAACAGGUACACAGGUCUGAUACACUACCAGGUACACGUCACUCACGGUAUAUUGUACACAUUCACGCCAAGUACAUUUGCAUGUUCAAUACAUCGUCGGUUUAUAGCUCCACUGCACACUAUCCCAGAAGUGGUACCUUCACUUUAGAAAUGACCCUUGUGUUCUGUGGCUGUUGUAGGCACUCAGUCCUUCCCCCCUCUCUCUUCGCUGGCCUACCACCAGUGCCGCUGGAACUACAACGACCAGGAGGAUGUGAGUGCGGUGGACCAGGGCUUUGAUGAACACGACAUCCCCUAUGACUUCAUCUGGCUGGAUAUUGAGCACACGGAUGGCAAGCGCUACUUCACCUGGGACAACAACAAGUUCCCACAGCCCAAAGACAUGCUGCAGGGCCUCCUGGAUAAGAGACGCAAGGUGAACUUAAUGAUGGAAACAGAUUUUGAAAUGGUGUGUGUGGUAAUGAGAAAAUAAUGUACGUUUUUGGCACUCUUCUCUCUCCCUCCUUCACUCACUGCGCCCUCUCUCCUGUCCUGGCUGUCCACAGAUGGUGACCAUAGUGGACCCUCACAUUAAGGUGGACAGCAGCUAUAAGAUCCACACUGAGAUUCGCUCUAGAGGCUACUACAUAAAAAACGAAGAUGGCGGAGACUAUGAGGGCUGGUGCUGGCCAGGUAGGAAGAUGUCAAUAUGUAGUGUAUUUAUGGCUUGACAAAUUCUGAAACCUACCAGACAACACAGUGCAGGUUGGCAUUUAUUGUCAUGAAUCUUGCCCUGGAAGCAGCUCUGCAGAGUAGUCACUAGCUGGCACAGCCACAAAGUCAUACAAUCUGAUUUAAACCUAACCCUAACCACACUGCUAACCCUAAUGCCUAACACUAACCUUUUAAAUUAAGACCAAAAACCUAAUUCAUGACUUUUUUUAUGUCCCAUCUAACGGAAAUCACUCAGUUCUAACUCCAGGGCAAGAUUUUGACAAUAAAUGUCAACACAGUGUAAGAUUGACUGUUUUAUACUGAUUCAGUCACCCAAAGGCUGGUAAUUAUUUAGAACUGUUAUGUACAUGUACUCUAUAUUUUCUUGUAAAAGGGAACGCAGGUUACCCAGAUUUUACCAACCCUGAGAUGAGGAGGUGGUGGGCCAGCAUGUUUGCUUAUGACCAGUAUGAGGUGAGUAAACCCUAAUCAGUUCGUCUCGUCUCCCCUCCACAUUUAAACCCAGUUACUUUCUUUCCUUCCUCAGGAAACUUUGUCCUCUUCACUGAGUCAGUUAGCAUUGAUGUCACUGGUUAAGCAGUAAAGCUACUGGAGUCUUGAGCUACUGAUUUACCUAUACGACCCCAGAUGUACUGACAUGUCUUUACCUCCCGUCUCUCUUCUCCAGGGCUCAAUGGAGAACCUGUACACGUGGAACGACAUGAACGAGCCAUCUGUGUUCAAUGGGCCAGAGGUCACCAUGCACAAGGACGCCCUCCAUGGGCCCUGGGAGCACAGAGACGUCCACAACCUCUAUGGCUUCUACGUGGUGAGGCAGGGAAGGAAGGGCAUUACUAGGAGUAGAUAGCCUGGGGGUGUCCACUGUCCACACUGUUGGGAUUGUUUUGGAUUAGUUACAGCAUCCUCACUCACUCAUUUACUGUCGCCAUCUACUCUCUGUCUUCCCUUCUUUCCCUCUCUCAGCAAAUGGCGACAGCAGAGGGUCAGAUCCAGCGCUCCGGGGGGUUGGAGAGGCCUUUUGUCCUGACCAGGGCCUUCUUCGCUGGGUCUCAGCGCUAUGGUUAGACCCUUUAAUAACGCCUCCCUCUGGUUCCCAGAAAUGUUGUAUACUGUAUGUCUUCACCGACCCCAACCCACUCUUGAAGUGUUCUCUCUCACACGCGCGUUCACCCACUCUCCUCCAGGUGCAGUGUGGACGGGUGAUAAUGCAGCAGAGUGGGGCCACCUGAAGAUGUCCAUCCCCAUGUGUCUCAGCCUGGGCCUGGUUGGCAUCUCCUUCUGUGGAGGUGAGGCUGGCAGGGAUUGGUGCUGCACAGAUUGGUCUGUCCUAGUCGGAUGGUAAUUCUUAAAGGAUCCUAAUCCUCCAUCUUCUCUCAUCCCAGCUGACGUGGGGGGUUUCUUUAAGACUCCCAGUGCGGAGCUGCUGGUGCGUUGGUACCAGGCGGGGGCCUACCAGCCUUUCUUCCGUGCCCACGCCCACCUGGACACCCCGCGGAGGGAGCCCUGGCUUUUUGGCCCUGACAACACGGAUCUGAUCCGGGAGGCUGUGCGUCAGCGCUACACCCUCCUGCCCUACUGGUACCUGCAGUUCUACCAUGCCCAACGCACUGGCCAGCCUGUCAUGAGGUAGGCUCAUCAAGCCCCAUUCAGGGCUUGACAUUAACUUUUUUAGCCACUUAGGAUUUUAAAUUUGUUUUACUUGUCAGAAAGCUCAAGUCACUAGUCCAAAAAUAAACAAUGUUCUGUAACACCAUGGGCCACAAUGGUGACUGAGUAUUGUGUUGUAUGAUGCAAGGAACCACUUCACAUGACACAAAAUACCCUUCAUUAUUAUCACUGGUAUUGACAAUGGAAGGCUGCUGGUCUCUGAUGCCAUGUAUUAUGCCUCCUGCUGUUGUGGCCUUGAGCAAGGCACUUAACCCCCCACAAAGUACAAUACUGCACUGAUAGGCUACUGUAUAAAACACAGAUGUGGUCCAUCAACCCUCCAUCUGGAGAACUACUGGGUGUGCAGGCUUUUGAUCCAGUCCUGCUCAAACACACCCGAGUCAGUUUAUCAAGGGACUGCUGAGAAGCAGUUUUUUCUUCUUCACAAUGUGUUAGAGCAGGGCUGGAGCAAAAGCCUGCAAACACAGUAGCGCUCCAGGACUCUCCUGGAGAAUGGUUGGCGACCCUGCAACAUUACAAUUAAAACCAAAUACUUGAUAGGUCUUAAAAAAGUAUUACCUCAUUCAAUAAACCAGGGAUAAAAUGGCUAAGGUGGGCGACUUCAUCGCAAGGUAGAUACAGUGAGGGAAAAAAGUAUUUGAUCCCCUGCUGAUUUUGUACGUUUACCCACUGCCAAAGACAUGAUCAGUCUAUAAUUUUAAUGAUAUGUUUAUUUGAACAGUGAGCGACAGAAUAACAACAACAAAAUCCAGAAAAACGCAUGUCAAAAAUGUUAUAAAUUGAUUUGCAUUUUAAUGAGGGAAAUAAGUAUUUGACCCCUCUGCAAAACAUGACUUAGUACUUGGUGGCAAAACCCUUGUUGGCAAUCAGAGGUCAGACGUUUCUUGUAGUUGGCCACCAGGUUUGCACACAUCUCAGGAGGGAUUUUGUCCCACUCCUCUUUGCAGAUCUUCUCCAAGUCAUUAAGGUUUCGAGGCUGAUGUUUGGCAACUCGAACCUUCAGCUCCCUCCACAGAUUUUCUAUGGGAUUAAGGUCUGGAGACUGGCUAGGCCACUCCAGGACCUUAAUGUGCCUCUUCUUGAGCCACUCCUUUUUUGCCUUGGCCGUGUGUUUUGGGUCAUUGUCAUGCUGGAAUACCCAUCCACGACCCAUUUUCAAUGCCCUGGCUGAGGGAAGGAUGUUCUCACCCAAGAUUUGACGGUACAUGGCCCCGUCCAUCGUCCCUUUGAUGCGGUGAAGUUGUCCUGUCCCUUUAGCAGAAAAACAGCCCCAAAGCAUAAUGUUUCCACCUCCAUGUUUGACGGUGGGGAUGGUGUUCUUGGAGUCAUAGGCAGCAUUCCUCCUCCUCCAAACACGGCAAGUUGAGUUGAUGCCAAAGACCUCAAUUUUUGGUCUCAUCUGACCACAACACUUUCACCCAGUUCUCCUCUGAAUCAUUCAGAUGUUCAUUGGCAAACUUCAGACGGGCAUGUAUAUGUGCUUUCUUGAGCAAGGGGACCUUGCGGGCGCUGCAGGAUUUCAGUCCUUCACGGCAUAGUGUGUUACCAAUUGUUUUCUUGGUGACUAUGGUCCCAGCUGCCUUGAGAUCAUUGACAAGAUCCUCCCAUGUAGUUCUGGGCUGAUUCUUCACCGUUCUCAUGAUCAUUGCAACUCCACGAGGUGAGAUCUUGCAUAGAGCCCCAGGCCGAGGGAGAUUGACAGUUCUUUUGUGUUUCUUCCAUUUGCAAAUAAUCGCACCAACUGUUGUCACCUUCUCACCAAGCUGCUUGGCGAUGGUCUUGUAGCCCAUUCCAGCCUUGUGUAGGUCUACAAUCUUGUCCCUGACAUCCUUGGAGAGCUCUUUGGUCUUGGCCAUGGUGGAGAGUUUGGAAUCUGAUUGAUUGAUUGCUUCUGUGGACAGGUGUCUUUUAUACAGGUAAGAAGCUGAGAUUAGGAGCACUCCCUUUAAGAGUGUGCUCCUAAUCUCAGCUCGUUACCUGUAUAAAAGACACCUGGGAGCCAGAAAUCUUUCUGAUUGAGAGGGGGUCAAAUACUUAUUUCCCUCAUUAAAAUGCAAAUCAAUUUAUAACAUUUUAGACAUGCGUUUUUCUGGAUUUUUGUUGUUGUUAUUCUGUCUCUCACUGUUCAAAUAAACCUACCAUUAAAAUUAUAGACUGAUCAUUUCUUUGUCAGUGGGCAAACGUACAAAAUCAGCAGGGGAUCAAAUACUUUUUUCCCUCACUGUAACUAAGACGUGUAUAUCUACAUGUACACUAUGUUCUGAAUUGGCUGUCUAGUUAGUCUGUUGUAUAUCAUUAUUUUACCUGCUGCUGCAGUCUCUCCUCUGGCAACGGCCCACUCGCACUGGCACACACGCAGUUGAUGCACACACCAUGAGUUUUCCAGGAUUUUCAUUGCUGACCAAAAAUGAGCUAUAACUGGGUAAAUAACUCACUAACUAGCAAUGAAUAUCAACAAAUGUGCACACGUGGCUAGGCUCGAUUUGAUCUAAAAAAACGCAUCUUGGGACUGCAUGAUUGAAAGACCGCUCAAUGCAGGCCUACAGUAAUUCUGCUGCAAUGCACUCUGGGAGGACAGUGCGCCACACAUCGCAUCCGGAGGACACUCUGAUCCAAUUCUGAUCGGAAUAGGCUUUUUAAAAAAACUUGUCCAUAUGGACAAUUUAAAUCUGCUUGUCUGACAAUUUGUUUUACUUGCCCCGGGCAAGCGGACAAGCGUUAAUGUCGAGCCCUGCCACGUCUAUGUUUCAAAGGUCUAUAGCUGGCACUAGUCUUUAAGGUGAUAUUAGAGAAAAUCCUUGUAUUUUGAUUCACCUUGGGUUGUAUUCCCUCCCCCCUUUCUCUCUCCGUACUAUAGGCCCCUGUGGGUGGAGUAUCCAGAGGAUAUUGCCACGUUCUCCAUUGACGAUGAGUUCCUGAUUGGUAAGUAGGUUAGGGAGAGUGGCCUUUAGACCGGUAUGUAGUUCUUAACCUUUUAUAUUAUGGUACAAUACUUUUGAGUACUUAAAUGUUUGGAUGCACUUGACCUCUUCAACCUGGUGAGGAUGAUACAUUACCCCAGACUACCUCUCCCCCUGUGUGUUCAUCAGGCAGAGAUCUUUUGGUCCACCCUGUAACAGAUGAAGGGUCUAGUGGGGUCACAGCCUACUUACCUGGGAAUGGAGAGGUGAGUGUGAGGAUGGAGAGAGGGGGAAGGCUGACCUGGAGUUUUGCCUGUUGGAAUGUACCACAUGUUCAAUCAACCUGAUCCUUUCUCGUCCUCUGACGACCUCACACUUCUCUCCCCGUUACAGGUCUGGUAUGACGUCCACACGUUCCAGAGACAUGACGGAGCUCAGAACCUCUAUAUCCCUGUUACCAUGAGCUCAGUAGGUUCUCUGUUGCCGUCAGUGUUAACAUGGAUCUGCUGCCAUCACCCAUCUCUCAGCACCUUUCCCACAAAUAACUCUCUCUCUUUUCACCUCUUCCUUUCACAGAUUCCAGUGUUCCAGCGAGGAGGGUCCAUUAUCUGCCGGAAGAACCGUGUUCGCAGGUCCUCAUCCUGCAUGGAGAACGAUCCCUACACCCUCUACGUGGCCCUUGACUCACAGGUAUAACCUUACUUUACACCACUAUGAUAUCACUACCAUUGUUGUUGCACCAUUUUACUUGCAGGGGCUUUGUCAUCAUUUAAAUGUUUCUCUUUGUUCCAGGGCAAUGCAGAAGGAGAGCUUUACAUAGAUGAUGGUCACACCUUUAAACAUGAAACAGACAAGCAGUUCAUUCACAGACACCUGAGUUUCACUGCAAACAGCCUCUCAUCCAGGUCUGUCCCUCCUCUAACUAACGUCCUCAUUCCAACCAGGCCAUGUUCUCCCUGUGUUUCUGUAUCGAGUGUAACCUGUCUCUUUCUCUGAUGCUGCAGUGACCUGUCUCCUGACUCCCAGUUUCCCACGGCCUCUUGGGUUGAGAAAGUGAUCAUCCUGGGAGUUCAGAAGCCUGAUGCUGUCACCCUCACAACGACAGGUUAGUCAUGUACCGUCAAUAACCAGGCAACAUAAUGUCACGUGUAGAGCCAGGAGUUUCCCCAGAACUUUCUUCUGGUCAGGUAAUGUAAUGGAAAAAUAAUACUUGUUGCAGUUAAGUUAUUUUUGUGUUGGCAGGCUAGUGCAGAAAGUGGUAAGGGUUGUGAACAUAGAACAUUAGAGUUUGUUACAAUGUGCCUGAUGUUCUUCACCCAUCCUCCACAGAUGGUGGGGAGUCUUCUGUGGAGUUUGAGUUUGACCCGGACACGGCAGUCUUAACUCUUCGUAAGCCAGGCGUGAACGCAGGGGUCAACUGGACAUUACAUCUGCGGUAGCACAGGACACACGUAUAGAAGUCAAGAGACACACGAAAUGUCACGCACAGACUUUUGGACAAACAAGUAAACAUACAACUACAAAAGGGCACACAUGCACCCAGAUUCAAAAGUGUGGCUAGGAUUUGGAGCAGUUACCUGAACCUUGAGAAAGAAAACGCAGGAGAAAUUGAUCAGGGUUGUUGAAAGAGUAUGAAACUCAGGACCACAAAUGGUGUUAGUCAGGAGAAAUUCUGCACCACUAACAAAAGGAGGCUGGAUCUUUGAUACUUAUCUUAAUUUUAUAAAUAUUUUUGGGGGGGUUGAAAUGAUGACAAUGACUCCCUAUAAGACCCUAUAUGACCCUAUAUGACUAGCUGUUUAAAAUAAAGGUUAAAUAAAAAA